UACAAUCCUCCGACCCCUAACUUUCUCCAAGCAACAAAGUCUCCCCCUUGAUUCACGGACCAAAGGGUAAAUACAAUUCGGAUCCAGGAAAUGGAUCCUUCUGAAGACGGAGGCACAUCUGAUCUUAGCACCAGUACCGGAGGACCUAACAACGCCACGCCCACCGCCGCUAACAGUAUCAAGAACGAUGAGAAUUGUGAAAACUCAGCGUUAAUGGUUAUGCCAUUGAAAGAAGAGCCAAUAGAACCCGACCCGGACCGGAAAACCCAUCCUCCGCGGCCUACUCGGGUAGUCCCAGUUAGCGGGCAGAUGUCAAUGCAAAUCCCUAUCCCCACGCCUGUUACCACCGCUAAACGCUCCUACAACAAGGACCGUCACACGAAGGUUGAAGGCCGCGGUCGAAGAAUCCGAAUACCCGCCACUUGUGCUGCCAGGAUCUUCCAGCUGACUCGCGAACUCGGCCAUAAAUCAGAUGGGGAAACCGUCAGAUGGCUCCUCGAACACGCUGAACAUGCUAUUAUAGAAGCUACCGGUACCGGCACUGUGCCUGCUAUCGCUGUAUCAGUCGGUGGUACCCUCAAGAUUCCCACAACCUCAGCCACUAACACUUCCAAUAAUAAUAGCCAAAUAGAUGACAAAACGAAGAAAAGAAAGCGCCCGGCAAGCAGCGAGUUCUGCGAUGUAAAUGAUGGAAUUCCGAUCGCAGUUGCACAACAACAGCAGCAGCAGCAGAGGUUAGUGACGCAAUAUUCAGGGCUAGCUCCGGUUGCUCAGCAAGCUCUGGUGCCAGUGUGGGCUGUCGGAAAUACUGGAAUGAUGGUACCAGCUAAUGCGUUUUGGAUGAUCCCACAGUCCACGCCCACGGCUUCCGGUGAUUGGCUUACUAAUCAGCGGCCACCGCCACAGUUAUGGGCUUUCUCGCCAGCUUUGACAUCGGUUUGUAACAUAGCCGCAAGGCCCACAUCUUCAUUCGUUGCGACAACGACUGAAACUCAAGCUGUGGUGUGCGACGGUGUAUCAACUCUGGCUGUGAGUACAAGCAGUACGCCAGUAGGAGCGACGGAGGCAAAGAAGUCUACAAUGGCGCCAAGCGUGAGUUCGGGUGGUAACGGUGGCGGUGGAACUGGGGGAACGGCUCAAAUGCUUAGGGAUUUUUCAUUGGAGAUUUAUGAUAAACAAGAGUUGCAGUUGAUGGGUCGGUCAUGGAAUCAUCAUCAACAGCAGAUAAAAGCUGCUUCUAAGCAAAAAAAUCCGUAGAGUUUAGUUUUCAGAUUCUGGAACAUUAUAUAAUAUAUUCCAAUGGAAUAAAUAAUUACAAUGCGAACAAAAGCGGAAAAUAGUUCUGUAAUCUGUGUGUUCUAAAAGUGAUGGUGUUAUUGUGAGAAUUUGUUCAUCUUGCAAGUUGCAAAAUGCAAAGUAUAUAGUUCCUCCUCCAUCAUAA